AUGGUGCCGUUGGCUGGCAAAAUUAUCAUACCAAUCGUCGUGCUGGGUGUCGUGGGCGGUAUGACCGCUCUGAUAGUCGUGAUGGUGAACGAGUCGGACGACUCGACCACAACGGAGGGCCCGACGUCGACCACCGCGUACACCACUACGACCACUUUUCCCGACAUCACUACGACCACAGACGCCCCAAACGACAGAGAAAUGAUAUACGAGGCCGGUGUCGGCAUAGCUGAUAUGACUGGGCCGUGCGUGGAGUUCAAUUUUAUGGGCUACGCGGAGUUCGGGCAAACCGGGCGUGGUAUCCACCUCCGCCAGUUUUCCAGGGCGUUCAUCUUCGCGAAGGGUGACACCAGGGUGGUUCUGGUGACGGCAGACGUGAUGGCGAUCGGCAUUGCGGUCAGGCGAGAGGUGGUGAAGAAUCUCAAGGAGUUGUAUGGCGAUAUGUAUACCCUGCGCAAUGUGAUCCUCACGGGGACUCACACGCACAGCGCGCCCGGUGGUCACCUCGUCCACUUCCUCCUGGACAUCACCAUCCUCGGCUUCUCCGAGGAGACCUUCAACGCCUACGUGGCUGGAAUCACCAGGAGCAUAGUCCGCGCCCACGAGAGCAUGGUGCCCGCUCGAUUGUUUUUCGGCCAGACGCGGUUGUGGGAUAUGCAUGUCAACCGUUCCCCUUACUCCUACAACCAAAACCCCGCCGAAGAGAGACAGCGGUACGACACCAACACUGACAACACCCUCACCCAAGUGCGCAUAGUGAAGGGAGACGGAAGCCUGCACGGGGUGCUCAACUGGUUCCCCGUCCACACCACCAGCAUGAACAUGACGAACCACCUCAUCUCCUCCGACAACCUCGGCUACGCCGCCCUAAGGAUGGAGCGGGAACUGAACCCGAACUCUCGCACCGGCCAGCCGGCCAUAGUGACGGGCUUUUUCUCUUCGAACCUGGGCGACGUGUCGCCCAACACUCGGGGCGCUCGCUGCGAGUUCAGCGGCCGCCCUUGCGACCACCAGUUUGCGCUGUGCCAAGCCCUGGAGCGGUGCUUCGCCACGGGUCCCGGCGAGGACAUGUUCGAUAGCACCAGGAUUAUAGGCACCGCAGUCGCCAACGCCGCCCUGGAAGUGCUAAAGAGUCGCGGAACGGAGCUUUGGGGGGAGCUGGCGGUCGUCCAUCAGUUCCUCGACAUGCCACAACAGGUUGCUUCGAAAUACGAUCCAGUGGCGAGGACAUUCAAUGAGAACAAGCCCGUAAGAGGCUGCGUCCCAGCCUUGGGCUAUAGCUUCGCGUCUGGAACUAUCGACGGGGCGAACGUUUUGAACAUAACACAGGGUACCACAACGGGGAUACCACAGUUGGACGCCAUCGUGGCAGCACUUGUCGAGCCAACGGCCGAGGACAUCGAGUGCCACGCCCCAAAGCCCAUACUCCUUGCAACCGGCAGGGGUACUAUGCCAGUCCCCUGGCACCCGCAUGUGGUGUCCGCAUCGCUGGUGUGGCUGGGCGGCUUCGCGCUCCUCGGCGUGCCAGGGGAGCCCACUACCAUGGCAGGCCGGAGGCUGAAAGACGUGGUGGGGGACGCCGUGAGGAGACGCGGUCUGACCCCCAUGGUUGAGGUCUCCGGCCUCACCAACGAGUACAUUCAUUACGUCACCACAUUUGAAGAGUAUCAAGUUCAAAGAUAUGAAGGCGCUUCCACUAUCUACGGGCCGCACACCCUCGACAUCUUUCUCAACAAAUUAGCCGAGUUCGUUACCGUCGCUAUUGAGGGCGGGGAGUUGGAACCAGGUUCCGAACCCAUGGACCACCGCAAUGGAACCAUCGGGUUGGUGCCUCGCGUGAUCUUGGACGGAACCCCCUUCGGUCGAUCCUUUGGCGAUGUGUUGCAGCAGCCACCUUCGGCUGUCAGCCCCGGAGACCUCGCCAGUGCCACUUUCGUUGCCGCCAACCCUCGAAACGACCUACGCCAAGAGUCCUCCCACAUAAUGGUCGAAAGGUACGAGGGGAAUGACUGGGUGGUGGUUGCAACUGAUGCCGAUUGGGAGACCAAGUUCCAUUGGGAGAGAUUGUCUACGCUGUUCGCAACCAGUCAGGCGCGAGUAGAGUGGCACGUGCCAAGUGGAGUGAUCCCUGGACCCCACCGUCUGGUGUACAGAGGCGCGUCGCGUAGCAUCAUUGGCUCCGUCACCCAGUUCACUGGAGUCAGCGACACCUUCCAAGUUUCAAGA